AGGAGAUGGUCAUGUAGCUGAACUGUUAAGUUGCGUUUAAUGCCAAGUUUACAUUGUAAUGGAGGUCCGACGGAAAAGCAGAGAAGUGUCGAAGCUUUAUUGUACUUAAACGAACACCGUUAUGGAUUGAAACCGAGCAUUUUGGUUUUAAGUUUUGCUAGUCCGAGUGCAGAACGAAUUCGGUUACGACGAACGGACUGUUAGCUAGAGUGCUAGCUAGUGUAAAAGUCGCUAGCUAGCGUUAGCUUCAGCUGGUAACAUGAGCAGUGUUUACCAGACAGAACUGGUUAUCUAUCCCGUCAAGCAAAGUUAAUCUAAGUGGGAAAAAAAAAAAAAAGCAGUUACCACCUGGACGGAUAUUUAUCUAAACGGAACCGGGGUAUAAACUCGACUCAGAGAAAUGGCGACUGGACGGUCCCGUGUUAUCUCGUCUUCGAAAGCCUGAAUGAAUAAGUGAAGCUGUGAGCUGGUCACUGUCGCCGGAGCAGAAUGAUUUAGCAGGGUGGCACCAGCAUCAUACAUCAAAAAGAGGAGGAGGAGGAGGAGGAAAGGGAAGAAGAUGGGGGUCAAUGCCUCCAGCUAUCCUAACUCAUGUUCCCCUCGAUUCGGGGGACAUUCACCCACUCAGCAGAGUUAUAUGGGCCCAUCCUAUGCAUCAUAUAGUUCUGGUGGCGAGUCCAAGCUCUACAGCCUGGAGCACUGCCCCGAGAAACCUCAGGACAAGAAGAAGAAGGGCUCGAGUCUCGCCACGCUCAAGCGCCGAUUCAUCAAGCGGCGGAAGGCCAGCCGCUCGGCCGAUCACGCUCGCCACAUGCGCGAUCUGCUCUCAGGCUGUGACGUGCGAGACGUCGCCGCCCUGGUGGAGGAGUACGAGGGCACGGCUGCGCUCAAGGAGCUCAACAUGCAGGCGGGCCUGGCCCGUCCUGAGGCGCGCACUCUCUCCCAGGACCUCGCCUCGCUCUACCAGCACAAACACUGCACGGACGUCGAGCUCGUCUUCCAGGACACUCGAUUCCCAGCCCACCGGGCCGUCCUGGCCGCGCGCUGCCCCUUCUUUAGGACUAUGCUGUCCUCCUCACCGGGUUACAGCGCCCAACUGCUGCUGGACGUUGGCACGGUGGGCAUGGAUGCUGCGAUGUUCUCCGCACUGCUGCGUUACCUUUACACAGGUGAGCUGGGCGCCGAAGACGCCCGUCUGCACAACAUGGACGUUCUGAUUCGGCUCAGCGAGGAAUUCGGCACGCCCAGCUCUCUGGAGACGGACAUGCGGGAACUGCGCCAGCGAAUGUGCUACUACGACUCCGUGCUUCGCUUCUCCUCGGACUCGGAGAUGGACGAGCCGUAUGGAGCCGAUACGAGCGCCGAGGAGGAGGAGCUGAAGGCCCAUAAGGCCGUUCUGGCCGCUCGCUCGCCGUUCUUUCGAAACCUGCUACAGCGCCGCGUGCGCUCAGCCGAAGAGGAGGCCACGCCCGCGCGCAUCGUCCUCAACGAGUCGAUUAUCCCGUGGAAGUACGCCGGCGUGGUCCUGCACUGCAUGUACACGGACGGGGUGGAUCUCGAGAGGGUGGUGCACUGCAGUCCUUCAGCAGGGAGUCUGGGCGAGGCUCAGGCGCUGGCGGCUGGGAGGGGAAUCAUGAGCAGGGCGGAGGAGGCCAUGGAGCUCUACCACAUCGCCCUGUUCCUCGAGUUCAGUAUGCUUGCACAAGGCUGCGAGGACAUCGUGGCGGAGAGCAUCUCACUGGACUCAGUGGUGGCCAUCCUAAAAUGGAGCUCGCAGCCCUACGGCUCCAAGUGGGUGUACCGGCAGGCCAUGCAUUUCCUGUGUGAGGAGUUCAGCCACGUGAUGACAUCAGACGUCCUGUACGACCUGGGUAAAGAGUACCUGCUCAGCGCCAUGCAGUCCGAUUAUCUGCAGGCCAGUGAACAAGAUAUUCUCAAAUACGUGGUGAAGUGGGGAGAGCACCAGCUCAUCAAGAGAAUGGCUGAUCGAGAACCCAACCUGUUGAGUGGCACAGCUCACAGUGUGAAUAAGCGUGGAGUGAAGAGGAGGGAUCUGGACGUGGAGGAGCUGAAAGAGAUUCUGUCCCCUCUGCUGCCGUGUGUGCGCACAGAGCACAUUCUGCCCACCAACAGCGAGGUCCUCUCCGACACGCUGAAGCGUGGGCUGAUCAGCACGCCGCCCUCAGACAUGAUCCCCAUAGUCGAGGGGGGGAAGGCCAACGCCUGGCUCAGGCAGAAGAGUGCAGGCAUCUACGUGCGCCCUCGACUCUUUACUCCCUAUGUGGAUGAAGCCAAGGCUGUUCUGGAUGAGAUGAUGGUGGAGCAGACAGAUCUGGUUAGGCUGAGGAUGGUUCGCAUGUCCAAUGUCCCAGACACGCUCUACAUGGUCAAUAACGCAGUACCCCAGUGCUGUCACAUGAUUAACCAUCAGCAGAUGAGUGGCAGCCAGACAACCCCACCCUCAGUGGUGGCCAAUGAGAUACCAGUGCCCAGGCUGGCAGUGGUUAAAGAGAUGAUACGCCGGUUGCAUGAGUUGCGGCACACAGAACAGGUACAGCGGGCGUAUGCGCUGAACUGCGGUGAGGGCGCCACCGUCAGCUACGAGCUGCAGAUUCGAGUGCUGAGGGAGUUCGGGCUGCCAGACGGAGCUGCAGAACUGCUUCAAAACCCGCACAAGUUCUUUCCGGACGAGCGCUUCGGAGACGAGAGUCCGGUCCUGGCCCUGCGUCAGUCUGCACGCUCUCGGGUCAACAGCAAUCCAGCGGUGGAGAACAUGUUCACAGACCUGCAGUCUAUGAUGGGCCUCCACCCGCCGCUGCCUCCACCGCCUCCGCCGUAUCACCCGCCCACAGCACAGCAGAUCAGAAGUGGCUGGAGGCCUCGAGUGGGCACCCAGCAAGCCGCACGCUCCUUCUCGUACUCCUGCAAUCACUCGCUGCUCCCCACACAGGCCUCCGCUAAAAUAGGCAGCCCUAUUUACCCCGCCACAGUGUCCAAGGCCGCGCCACCAGACUGUACCAACCCGCAGGGGAGGAGCCUCAACCCAAACAAAAAAGGACAUAUGGAGCCGGUCAUCAACGAGUUCAUGCCGGAUAUCGCCAUGGGGGUAUCAGCCAUGAGUCUGAAGGAUCGGCGCCUUCCCGAGGUCACCAUGGAGGUGGAGGGUCAUGACCCGCACUCUCACAUCUCCACGGCACCCACCAUCUCUCAGUGCUUCUCCAGCCGCCACCCGCACUCCUCCUCCCGCAAGCGGCACGCGGCCGAGCCCAAACCCGAAGGUCCUCAGCACACACACUUUCCCGACCUGUACGAGCUCUACACACACGGCCGGAACGAGGGCACGCACAGACUCCACCCGGCCCUGGGAGCCCAGUCGGGUCAGAGAGUCCAGCCUAAAGCAGAGACAGAUCUGACAUGUGGCCUUAGCCCCGAUUCUGAACCGUAUGACGAAUGGAACCCGUCUCGAAGGGCUGCUGCUGGGAUGGGAGAAGAGGCUGGUAGAGAGCGCAGGUCACCUAACAAACACGAGUACCUGUACAGGAAGUCCGCACUCUGACCUUUAGAGAAAGAAUGUUUCGUGCUGCAGGACUGCGCAGGUCCUGCACUGUCCACGCUCACUGGAUGAGCCACGCCGGACCUUUUUAACCAAGAACUCGAUGCACAAUCUGUUAGAUUUUGGUUCAUGCAUGAAUUUUAAAGCCUUAAAGGAGUGCUUGGUUAUGCUGGGUGCUAAGAGAGCAGAAGAUUCUAUAGAUUCUAGGUUUUCAAUGCUGUCAGAUCUCGAAGCAGCAUUUAGAAAACACAGAAUGCAUGGAUUAGAAGCUUGCAAGACCUGACUUGAUCUCUUAAAAAGAAUACACAUCUGGAGAUUAUUUGGCCGGAUAAAUACAGCUGUAAAAUCAUAAGCUUGUUUAUCGGAUAACCGUUGACUAUGGACGGCUAUUUGUUCACGGAAAUUGGCAAAAUCCCCAGUGCAUCCCUAGUGCGAAGGUACCAUUAACAAGGUGUAUACGUUUGGGUUUUAGAGAGACAUGCUGCCAUCAAGGUGACGUCUUCUGUCCGUGGUUAUUUCAGUCAUUUGCAUGCACAGAGCCACACCCUGAUCUCCUCCACUCCCUGUACAGGCGCCUUAGGCUACUAACCAGGGUACUUGUUGCACAGCGACGAAGACCCGGCCAGUCUUUUCCCACCCAGCAGACUUUUAAUGGCCAAUUUUGUCUGCUACAGGCACUGCCAAUUGUACUCGCUAGGGGGGCGCCCAGUUGACCGGUAGCAGUGCUGAGGUUUGAACUCGGGGAGAUUAGAAUCCCAGCACUGGUGUGAGCACUGGUGUGCUAGUGAAUUAUCCCGCUGCACCACCUGGGUGCCUUUCGUGUAUUUGACUAAAAUUAUUCAAUUAAAAUGUUACCAUGGAUAGAAGUUAAAACCCAACUACAGUGUAACAUAGCUGUCAUUAUUUACCACGUGUGCAGUAUCUACGUUUAGGAAAAGACCAACCCAUUGGUGUCACCCAUGGGAAAGCAUGUGAAAAGGACAUCAGACCUCUCCUAUAUAACUGAAUCUAACAGUACAGCUAUUUCUAAAACUUCUAGA